AUGGGUUGUGCUCAGACGAAGUCCUCCAUGGAUUCUCCUCCACGAGGAUUAGCCAAGUUGAAGUUGGAAAAUGGAUAUGUUAAAGCCAGAAGAUCGACAGGUCAAAGGUUUUCCGAUAAGGAAUCAGGUCGAGUUUUGAGGCCAGGGGCAAAGAAUGGAAAUGGAAAUUAUGUUAGUAAUGGGAAGUCAAAUUUAGGGAGCGAAGGGGGUCGAGAAGGGAAGAAGACGACGACCAUAGAUGAAACGAGAAAGAGUACUAGUAGUGGCGGUGUUAAUGAUAAUAUUACUCGAAAGGCUGAUCAAAUAAAGAAGGCCGGAGAAGAUGAGUUUGUGGAUGGUUGGCCUAAGUGGUUAACUGAUAAUAUUCCUAGAGAGGUUUUGAGAAACAUAGUCCCAAAAAGUGCUGAUUCUUAUGUGAAGAUUGACAAGGUAGGACAAGGAACAUAUAGCAAUGUAUAUAAAGCUCGAGAUAAGGAUACCGGUAAGAUUGUUGCUUUGAAGAAAGUCCGUUUUGACACAUCAGAACCGGAGAGCGUGAAAUUCAUGGCCCGAGAAAUCAUGAUCUUACUAAAAUUGGAUCAUCCAAAUAUUGUUAAGCUAGAAGGAUUGGCCACUUCGAGAAUGCAGUAUAGUCUUUAUUUGGUUUUUGAUUGUAUGCAGUCGGAUUUAGCCAGAAUUCUAUCUCGACCGGACGAAAGGCUCACAGAACCACAGGUUAAGUGUUACAUGCAACAACUGCUUUCUGGCCUGCAGCAUUGCCAUGAAAGGGGAAUUUUGCACCGAGACAUUAAGGGGUCAAAUUUACUAAUUGAUAGAAAUGGGAUGCUGAAAAUCGCGGAUUUUGGACUUGCAAAUUUUUACAAUCCCGAGAAAAGGCGUCCCCUCACUACUCGUGUUGUGACACUCUGGUACAGAGCACCCGAGCUACUGCUAGGUGCUACGAAUUAUGGGGUUGGUAUCGAUCUUUGGAGCGCUGGAUGUCUCAUGGCCGAGAUGUUUGCUGGGAGGCCAAUUAUGCCUGGUCGAACAGAGGUUGAACAAACCCAUAAAAUUUUCAAACUCUGUGGCACUCCUCCAGAUGAUUAUUAUAAAAGACUCAAGCUGUCAACUGCCCUCAAACCUCCACAGACAUAUAAGUCUUGUCUUCGAGAAACUUUCAGGAACUUUCCGGCAUAUUCUUUGGGCCUUCUAAGCAUUCUUCUCUCUCUCGAUCCUGCAUUUCGUGGCAGUGCAGCGUCUGCUCUCCAACAUGAUUUUUUUCAUACAAGCCCUUUACCAUGUGACAUUUCUGGUUUACCUGUAAUUUACAUCGAGGAUGACGACCAAGAUCAGACAUUUGAAAAGCGGAAGCACAGAACUUCUAAAUUGAGGCAACGCUCACGUAGAGAGCGGAGGAAGAAAAAUCUUGAUGCUGAGAAGCAGAAAGAAGAUGUGAAUGUUUCCAAACAGGAGGCACAGACAAGUGCGGAUAUAUCAGUCUUUAGCCUGGAACCGGGCAGCAGCACGACUAACAGUACCUCAAGUGUAAAGCCAUCAGAGAAAGAAGUGAGCCCGCCCCAUCUACCUUCUCUGGUAACUGAAUAUCAUCCUAGUGCCACCAAGAAUAUCCAGAACCAGCCUCCCCUCCCCAGUACCAGAAACCGCACUACUAAGUACAACAAAAACUAUGAUAACAUGUAUAGAUUGGAUCAAGUCCAAAGGUCGGUUUCCACCAGAGAAUUUCGCAGUGUGGAAAAGAAAAGCCUGUUGAAACUACAUGCAGUUGAUAAUUAA